GCCGUUGUGGAGGUGCUAGGGAGAUGGUUAGUGGAUGGUACGUUUGGUUUCGUUUUCGUUGCCAGAGGGUUGGGUUGGAAAGCGUGCGGAUAGAGAUGGACAGCGAGAGGUUUGCGGAGGGCAAAAUGGAGCCAGACUCACCUUCCGUCGGACGACCCUUUCUUCCCAGAUACCCCGACUCCUACCCCCACGGCAAUAGCCAAAACGACCAAGAACACGCCCACCCCUAUCAAUACCCAAAGCAGUCGCCUCCUUACAGCGCAAAGCCUCUCCCUCAUCCCCUUCCCGCCGGCGCCAGACCUCCCGCCCCCUCCCCCAUUGACGUCCCCGGCUACCAGCGGCUGCUGAUCAAACGGACUCGUAAAGUCAAUGGCACUGUAGUCAGGCGCAGAACCGGGGAAAGUAUAAGAGGUGUUUAAUCGAGGCGUGGUGCUGCUCGCCUCGCCGUAGCUUGGUAGUUUGUCCCACGAUGGUUUGUGCAGCACAGGAGGGGGCGGUGGUGUGUAUGAGUUGAAUGAGAAGGGGG